UCCUCAAUGGCCUCUGCCCCCACUUCCAACGGUGCACCUUCUGUUCCUCUCCCAGGACGUGAAAACGCUGGUUCUGCCAACGCCAAGCCACCGGUGUGGUCACUAGAGGCACCCAAUGGGGCCCCUGAGCCUCCACUCCCAACAAAAUGCGAUAUGCAUGGUCGCGAAGGCGGCGUAUGCUGCAAGCAGCUCAAGGACGACGACGAGCGGACACUCAUCGACCCAGAUGUUGUCAGAGAUGUCGUGAUUGGCCUCUCGGAUGGCCUCACUGUCCCCUUCGCGCUUACCGCCGGCCUCUCGUCGCUCGGCGAGUCGAAGUUGGUCGUGUUGGGCGGCAUCGCCGAGCUCAUUGCCGGCGCCAUCUCGAUGGGCAUCGGCGGUUUCCUCGCGUCGCAGGCGGAGCGUGACCACUACCGCUACCUCAAGAAGCACACAGCAUCCCGAGUGCUCCGGAGUUGUCAGGGCGAGAUGGAACGCGAGGUGUUUGGCGUCCUCGGCCCUAUUGGUAUCGACGAGACCACCGCUCAGGCAGUCACCAAAUGCCUGCGUGACGUCGAGGUCGACACGGGCAUGGACGGCGGCUCGUCAAGUUCAGAUACCGAGUCCGCGUCAUUGCGAUGGAGCAAGGACGUCGGUCUGACGCCCUUCUUGCUCAAGUUCGGAGAGGGAAUGGAGGAAGUCCCAACAAAACGUCUAUAUAUCUCGGCCUUGACGAUUGGUCUUGGUUACCUCAUUGGUGGCAUCAUACCUCUUAUUCCGUAUUUCUUCAUCAAACGCGCCAAGGUUGCCCUCCUCUACUCGUGUAUCCUCACGGGCCUCGUCCUACUUAUUUUUGGCGCCGUGAAAGCAAGAAUAACGGGUGCUGGCGCUGGCGCAGGAGGUUAUGUGUGGGGUGCUAUUAGCACGCUACUUGUCGGCGGCGCGGCGGCUGGUGCUGCGUAUGGCAUAGUCGCUGCCCUGGAAGGAUGAAACAUUCGCUCGCCUGGACAUAUUCACUGCUUACAUUUAUUAUUCCCUCAUCUCACUGCUAAUAUCCUGCAUUGAAGACUCGGUCGCAUUUGUUGUUAUCAUUAGAUUUACAAAGUAGAGUGUACGAUUCCCAUGUAAUACGAGACAGACACCAAUCAACGUCCGAGCUCAGCGCUUAUCACAGU